AUGGCCCCAAGAAGGUUUAAACCCGAACUCAUAGAGACCGACACACGCUCAGUCCGAAAAAGAGAAAACAGUCAGUUUCUUCAACGGCACAACACAUCGGGUCCAUUCGCCCACGCGAGCACCAGCCCGGGCACGACAUCUUGGUCAGAUACCGACCACCGUGCCGUUACCUAUUCACCACCCGAGUCUCGGUUCUCGUAUUCCAGUCUGCUGCGCCGACAAGAGGGUCGCACACACUCAUUUCGAGUUCCAGCCCUUCCAUCGAUUCCAUCCAACAGCAGCGAAGAGUCUGAUAACUCCAGAUCUCACUCGGCAUGCACAUCACCCCUUGGGCCAUCGAAUAAAAUGGCUAGAGAUUUACACUCUAGCAAGUUACCCCGUGAAAGUUGUAGCGAGGAAUUCUCAGAGUUCUUGCUUUCACUCGCCGCCCGCUCCGCACAGAAGCAGUUGAGGGAACAAGCACUAGCUGCCUUUCCUAACGAGCAGGUGUAUGAGCCCGUUGAUCAUUUCGCUAUAGAUAAAGACGACGGAGACUCAGAAGAGGAGGGUCCGACUUCUCUCAUGGAGCAUCAUCAUAUCAAGUCUCGUCGACAGUCCUCAGAGGAUCUGUCCUGGGAACUUGAAUACAUGCGACACCAUAAAGAGGAGGCUGAAAUGAGGCUUCGGGCAAUGAUGACAUCCAGAAAACGAGAGUCAUCUCAGAACCAGAAGAAAAACGGCUCUAGUCCACCGAUGCUUGGCCAUGACAUUGUUCUACCACAAAGCUUGUCACCAGAGGGGACCAUCUGUGAGCAUUCUCACAUCGAUACUGCAUUGAGUGGCGGCCGGGACCUCUGUAACAACUGUGAGGGGCUGUGGUGCGCGGCCCCUGAUCGACAGGGCGCAAAAGGCGCUGGUUUGUGGAUGGGGACUUGUUGCAAGGACGAGAAGCAAGGGCAGGAGGUUCCGGGUCUCUUUCCAGGGAUUGUAACCCCCAUGGCUCAGAUUGAUGAAGCUGGUGUCGGCGUAGGCCUCAGUCCAUCUCCUUCGCACAUUCACCUGGAUCGUCUGACGGCCUCGCCUGGGAAUUCUGGUCGGAAGCCUGCCAGUCCCAACAUCCAGAAAGCCAUUGACGCAGAAUUCCAUGAUGGAUUUGUCACCCAAAUUUAUAACUACCUCUCGUUGGGGUAUCCUUGUCUUGCCCGUUAUUAUGACUACGAACUCAGCCGAAUCUCAGGCAUCACAGUUGAAGAGCUCCGUCAGGAUGACUUGCACGCUGAUGCCCGGGGGUAUGUUGCCCCUGAUAAUAACGAUAUAAGCGGCGCGUGCACACGAUGGAAAGCAUUGCGCUUGUAUAUUCAGGAAUGGGCCAGGCAAGAGCCUGGCAUGGUGGAAGAUGAAACCAACCUGGAAGGCUGGGGACUGCCGGAAAGGAAAGGCAGUUGGGCCAUUUGA